AUGCGUCCUUCACUCCGCUUCCUGGCCUCCGCUGCGGCGAGCCCCAAGUCGGGCAGUCUGCGGCCGGCGCCCAUGGCGCUUCUGCCGCCAAUUCCCCUGUACCGGCGGCUGCUGCGGGCGCACCGCAAGCAUCUUCCGCACGAGAUGCGCACGCUGGGCGACGAGUACAUCAAGGCCGAGUUUCGCGCACACCGCAAAGUGGACAACCCGCAGCAUUUGAUUGGCUUCUUAACCGAGUGGCAGCUGUAUGCGCAAAAAAUCGAGGGCGAUUCGUGGGUGGGCGAGAAGCUGGACCCGGUCAAGGUGGCCAAGAUGAAUGGCAUGGUAGAUCAACAAGUCGGCCAGCUGUACGAGCUGAUGGUGGCAAUACGAAAGCACCGCGCAGACGACGGCGAGGACCCAAGUGGACAGGAGACGGUAUAG